GCAGAUGCUUUGAAGGAUACUCUGCUUGCUGGAGGAGUUACGAUCGAGAAUCUCGAGAUUCUUAUCAACACCGGCCUUCAGCAGCAGCAGCAGCAGUAUGGUGCCGCCGUGGAAUAUACCCCGCCAUCGCCAGUCACCCCACAGCAGUCGGACACCGAGUCCUUUGUUACUCCGGCUAGGGAUAAUGCGGGAAUGGCAAGGGAUCUGCACGAUGACCACCACAGUGGUCAGUAUGGCAAUCAGAAUGGAAGGAGAUACUCUCAUAGAAACGGGAAUGGGAAUGGGAACGGAAACGAACACGGGCGUGGUGCGGCGAAGCAAACAUCCAACAAUCAUGCGUCGCAAAACGAGACUCUGGAUAGCAACACCAACGGCUUUAGCGUUCAGGGAGGGGUUGGAGGGGGAGGCAAGUUGAGAAGAACUCUUUUCAUUACCGGCAUUCCAAAAGAUGCCGAGUACUGCGAUUUGGUGGGGGUUAUUCGCGGGGGUCCUAUUGUCGAUGUGUGGAUGAACAACAGCGAUCGUUGUGCUUCCGUCUCAUUCGUAGACCCUGUGGAUGCAGAGACAUACUUUCGCUAUGCGAAGAGGAACGACAUCUACAUCAAAGGCCGCCGAGUCGAAAUCAAGUGGCGCGAAAAUGCCAGGCAGUUUGUCAUCCUGCGGAACAUCGCGCGUCAGAUCCAGCAUGAUGGCGCGUCGCGUGUUCUGAGGAUCCGCAAUCCCCCCUCGUCCCUAACUGAAGAACGUCUCCGCGAGGAUCUCGAUCAUAUCGCGAACCUUCGGGUCGAGAAGAUUGAGCGUAUCGAAGGCGACCUCCAGUGCAACCUCAACUCCAUCUGUGCCGCCUUGUUCGCCAAGACUUGUUUGCGUUCCAGAGCCUACUACAAGGGAUCCAAGAUUGAGUUCGGCGUCGACGAGUGUUCGAAACCCCUUUCUGAUCCGAAGGCUUACCAUCACCCCGAGGCCCGCCAAAAGUCGAGUCCCCCGCAGCAGCAGCAGCGCCAGCAACAGCAGCAGCAGCAGCGCCGUCCUAAUAGGUUCGAUGUCUUAUACGCCGAGGAUGGAGGAGAGGAACUUGCCGACGUGGACGGUGACGAUGGCGAGUCUAUCUGUACCUUCACCCAGGAUGACGAUGAUGAAAUAACCAACCUCGCCGAGGCUACCGAUGUCGGUAACUGGGCCGAUAGCACUGCUGCCGAGAGAUCAGGUGGUGCCUAUCUCCGCAACUACUGGUAGGGGGUUUCCUCUGGCUUGUGCCAUGGAGUGCAGACGAUAUCCUAUCACUUCUAUAUUUUCGGAUAUUGGGGUGUCUCGGGAUGUGCGGACUUGUUUGCUGCUUUAGGGUACUGCCAUUUUCAAUGUUUCAUCUUUUGUUUCUCACGUGCCAGAAUUGUCAUUUUUACAGCCCGGUUUCUUCCUUUUUCUUCUUUUUUAUUUGUUUGUCUCUGG